CGGUAUGGGCAUCAGUUGAGUUUCGGCAGUUAAUUUAGCAGCAUCCGUUUUAUCGAUAUUGACAGUAUGUCUAGCCGUGGCAAAGGAAGAAAAGUUGGAACAAAGGCGAAGUCCCGUUCGGGCCGUGCUGGCUUGCAGUUUCCAGUCGGUCGUAUUCAUCGUCUGCUCAGAAAGGGCAACUAUGCCGAGCGCGUUGGUGCCGGUGCUCCCGUUUAUCUGGCCGCCGUGAUGGAAUAUCUGGCUGCUGAAGUUCUCGAGUUGGCAGGAAACGCUGCCCGGGAUAACAAGAAGUCCAGAAUCAUCCCACGUCACCUGCAGCUGGCCAUUCGGAACGAUGAGGAACUAAACAAACUCUUGUCCGGAGUGACCAUUGCUCAGGGAGGUGUGCUGCCGAACAUCCAGGCCGUGCUGCUACCCAAGAAAACCGAGAAGAAGGCCUAAAAUCAUCUGUCAUUAUCGAAUAUCCACAACAAACCGUCCUUUUCAGGACGAC